GGAGCUGCAGCUACACUCCGCCGGCUGCCGCUGCAGAGUGCCCGGCUGCUACUACUGCCGGUGGAUCGGGGCCCCAUGCAAGGAUGGCGGCGUCGCCGGCCCGGGAGCUCACGCAGAACCCGCUGCAGAAGAUCUGGGAACCCUACAACAACGGGCUCCCGGCCAAGCACAGCGCCCAGCGCGGGGUCUGUAUGACCAAUUGUCCUACACUGAUUGUCAUGGUGGGCCUCCCAGCCAGAGGGAAAACAUACAUCUCCAAGAAACUGACACGCUACUUAAACUGGAUUGGAGUGCCUACAAAAGAAUUUAAUGUUGGUCAGUACCGUCGAGAUUUGGUAAAAACAUACAAAUCCUUUGAGUUCUUCUUGCCAGACAAUGAAGAGGGCUUGAAAAUCAGAAAACAGUGUGCCUUAGCAGCUCUGAAUGAUGUCCAGCAGUACCUCAGUGAAGAAAAUGGGCAUGUGGCUGUUUUUGAUGCUACAAACACAACACGAGAACGCAGAGAAACCAUCUUCAGAUUUGGUGAGGAGAAUGGCUAUAAGACGUUCUUUGUUGAAUCAGUAUGUGUAGAUCCAGAGGUCAUUGCUGCAAAUAUUGUGCAAGUGAAACUUGGCAGUCCUGAUUAUGUUGAUUGUAGUAAUGAUGAAGCUACAGAAGACUUCAUGAAAAGAAUAGAGUGCUACAAGAACACAUAUGAGAUGCUAGAUGAAACUCUGGACAAGGAUCUUUCCUAUAUUAAAAUCAUGGAUGUUGGAAGGAGUUACCUUGUGAAUAGAGUAAUGGACCAUAUCCAAAGCCGGAUUGUCUACUACCUCAUGAAUAUCCAUGUAACUCCUCGCUCGAUCUACCUCUGUCGACAUGGAGAAAGUGAACUGAAUCUGAAAGGGAGGAUAGGAGGAGACACUGGACUGUCCCUUAGGGGGAAAGAGUUUGCCAAGAGCUUGGCGCAGUUCAUUAAUGAGCAAAACAUCAAGGAUCUGAAAGUUUGGACCAGUCAGAUGAAAAGGACGAUUCAAACUGCGGAGGCUUUGGGAGUGCCUUAUGAACAGUGGAAGGUUUUGAAUGAAAUAGAUGCAGGAGUCUGUGAAGAAAUGACAUAUGAAGAAAUUCAGGAAAACUAUCCUCUUGAAUUUGCUUUGAGAGACCAAGACAAAUACAGAUACAGAUACCCUAAGGGGGAGUCAUAUGAAGAUCUCGUUCAGAGAUUGGAGCCAGUAAUCAUGGAGCUGGAAAGGCAGGAAAAUGUGCUUGUUAUAUGUCAUCAAGCAGUUAUGCGCUGUCUGCUUGCUUACUUUCUGGACAAGACUGCAGAACAACUGCCUUAUCUCAAGUGCCCACUCCAUAGUGUCUUAAAGCUAACCCCAGUGGCUUAUGGUUGUAAGGUGGAAUCUAUAUUCCUGAACAUUGAAGCUGUAAACACACACAGAGAUAAACCAGAGGGAAGACCCAUGGGGAUUUUAUUACCCAUAGAGAGUCACAGACGGGACCUGUAUUUGAGAUGUCUUCUGAAAGACCCACACUGAGUAAACUUCGUAGUAUACAGUUAAACUAACUAGGCAGGAUGAAAGGCUAAGUUGAUUAGGUCAGGAUUAGAGUGUGGUAUAGAGUAUAAAAUAUUUCCUUUAUGCUAUCUGUGUAAAUGGGAACUGCUAUUGUAAAAUCUAAUUUUAAAAUACUCUUUAUUAAAGCUGAACAACUGUAGUAUUUAAUUUUAAAAAAUUACCAUUACAAACAAAAUACUUUCCUAAUAAUUGUACUGUGUGCGCCUUAGAUAUAAAUUCCAUAUCAAUACAUAAGGCAUGCUAUAGUGCAUAGCAGAUGUUGAAAAAACUGUUUUAAAAUACUUUAUGUACUCUAAGAAAAAUUCAAGACUGUCAUUUUUACAUUGCAAAAAUACAUAUAAAGGAGUAGAAUAACUGACUUUCCCGUGUUUUCUAUAAUAAAGAUGAUCUAUCUGAAUUUGGACUGCAGAUUUGACUGGUCAUGUACAGUAGCAUCAGAUUUGUAAUGACUUCAGUCUCAAUCUGGAUAGGAUGAAGGAGGAGUGAUCUUUGUUUUUUCCCAUAAUAAAUCUUAUGGAACUACUUCAACAAUCAUUUGAGUUCUCUCUCUGAUGUUUUGGAUUUUAUUUCAGAAAGCAAGUUUAAUGCCUUUGUGUGGCAGGAAAAUCUAUUUCCUUUGCUACAUAUCUUAGUCCAUAAAUUAGAGAUUCAUUGCAAAAACUCAUUUUAGAUUAUUUCAGUUAAUUCAGUUUUUAUCAUAAAAAUAAAAGAGAAAUUUGCUCACCCUAACACAGAAUCAGGGAAGUGAACAAAGAGAGAAACAUGUAACCCAAAUGCCCAAAGCCUUUUUUUUAAAUGGAAAAUAUAUUUUUGGAAUUGAAAUGGCUUUGGUUUGAAGAAUGAAUUGAUCUUUCAAACUGAAUCUGAAUGCACAUCAUUUGGUUUUUAUUUAAAGUAGUAGGUAGGGUACUAGGUUAGCAGGUACUUUGUUUGAAUUUAGUGAUACUGUUGUAGGCCCCCAACUUGAGCUGCAUGGGUGCAGCCAACAUCAGGCUUAUCAGCUAAA